AUGACAGAUAGAAAGAUCAAUAUUGAUUCUAUUCACAUUGAUAAUGCUAGAAAAAUGUCCCAACUAACGCAGAAAAGCCGUAUUCCGGCAAGACCUGGCCAGUCAAUGACAACAAAUCUUACACAGAAAUGGUCGAGUUCUCCAAAGGUGGCACAUCAUGUCUCAGUGCCUGCACUAUCGACCAAGACAUCGACAAGUUCACACAAUAGUUGUUCAAAUCCUCAAUGUGAUCACUGUGGCUCGGUUAUUGUGCCCGCACCAGUGGCUACACUCCCGUUAACUGAUGCACCCUCUAUCUCCAUUGGGAACUGGGAGGUUUUUACUACUAGAAAACCGAUACUGAAUAGCCAAGAUACUGAACAAUUGGAAAAAACCCUAGGCUUUCCCAUUCCCGAAAUGACUUUUGGACACAAUAAAGUUCAGGUUUUUAAACUGUCAGAGGAUAGAAGUAUUGAAUGGAGCAUUGACUUUAAUGCCAUAGAUGCCUUGAAAAUGGUAAGGAAAAAUGUGGAUCCCUCAGAGUUACUGCAGGUCAGUUAUGCACAAGACUGGGUAAAUGCAAGACAGCAUAGAAAAGGCGAUGAGAUCAUGGAGAUUUUUAGACCAUUUGAUUGGUCUUAUACAUCAGACUACAAAGGAACCAUUACAAGUGAAGUGCCCAUGACAAUAGAUAAUUCCAAGGCAAUACCAACAAGUAAGCUUCAGACUGGAUCCAUUUUAUUUUUCAACGAUAUGAUUCUCUUUGAGGAUGAACUGGGUGACAAUGGAAUAUCUUUGCUAAAUAUCAAGAUCAGAGUCAUGAAAGAUUGUCUCUUAAUAUUGCAACGUCUUUUUCUGCGUGUUGAUAAUGUUAUAUUCAGGGUUUACGAUACCAGAGUGUACAUAGAUUUUGAAAAGCUGGAGGUCAUAAGAGAGUUCAAGCGACUUGAAGCCUCCUAUCAAGAGAUCAGACUGCAAAUCAACGUCGGAACAGGUGACCCCAGAGCCCUUAUGCGAGAUACUGCUUGGGUAGCUGACCAUUGCAAAGAGGUUUUCAAAGAGAGAGAAUACGUACAGCUAUCGGGAUAA